ACCGAACUCUGGAUCAAAAACCCGGCGGGAGGGAGGUCGCGCGACACUCCGCUGAUAAGCGCGCCAGACACUAACGGCUGCUCAGCGCGCGCGCGGGAAUAUUCCUGACUGGAAUUACGCAAAAUGAUAGCUUCCGAAAAGAGAAAGUUUUCGCUUAAUUAUCUGGAUGCCAAUUUAUUAGUCACAUUUCACGGAUGAUUAAUUGAGUGCCAUCAUGAUCGCCACAGGUGGUCUGCUGCGGAUAUCUGCGAGGAGACAAGACUCCCUCCAUGCUAAAAACCAUGCCGAAAACAAGCGCAAGAGGAAAGCAAAGAAAAAGAGGAAGAACGAAGUGGUUGUGGUGAAGGGAAAGCUGAAGUUAUGUUCCAUUCCUGGACUGGUCGCUGCCAUUGGCAUUCUGGUACUGCUGGUUGGCAUCUCCAUGGCUGUGUUAGGCUACUGGCCCAAAGAGGGUCAACUGUACCCUGGACUGCUGAACACACCAAACGCUCAGAGGUCCUAUGAGAUCAGAGAAGCUGAACUAGUCAAUUUGACGGUCAAUAAUAAGUCUUGGCAUCAGUUGGAUAAAGACUUGAGGAGCUAUAAUGGUUCCAGUAGGACUGAUGGAUUGGAUCCACCUCAGUUAGGAGCAUUUGCUGCAUUUAUUGACAGAUACUUGUAUUCAGACAAGCUGAAAGUCUUUGGACCUUUGAUUAUGGGCAUAGGCAUCUUCCUGUUUAUAUGUGCUAAUGCAGUACUUCACGAAAACAGAGACAAAAAGACCAAAAUCAUUAACCUUAGAGACAUCUACUCAACAGUCAUUGAUGUUCAUAGUUUGCGGAGCAAAGAGCCUUCCCUGCUGAACGGGUUUGUGAACUAUACGCAACCAAAAGAGACCAAAUCUAGCCCUUCAUUCAGCGCUGGUACUUUGACCAAGGGUUCUUGGCCAUCUUCGGGCUCAGGUAGACAUGACACAAGUAGCCUGAUUCCAUCACGAAGACCAUCUACAACCACACCAUGGUUCCCGUCUAUGGAAAGACAAACCUUUACAGACACGGUGUACAGUAUUAACCAAGAUCAAAACAGUAUCAGCAUGGCUGAGUUAAAGCAAUGGGAGACCAGAACCAUUGUGUCCACGUCUUUCAAUGCUUUCACCCUUCCAAUGAUGAAACUCAACAAUCGAGGAACAUCCGAAAGAAGGGGGUCAGAUAAAACCGGAGAGGCUAAACGUGAGUGUCUGGACACGGAGGCGAUUUGUAGGCGUCUGGAGGAUCUGGUGGCAUCUAGAACCAUCACAAAAGCCAAUGUGGAGACUGCUCAGACUCAUCCAGAUCUUCCACAAGACUCAUUGGAAGUUUACAAGAGUAGCGGCAGUUUGCAGGGUGCUCCUCGCGUUUCUUUGCAGGGUUCCCAGGUGCAGCUUCUACCGCUGUCUUCGCCGUGCCGCAAGGCAACAGGAUCGCACCAGUCCUUGAGCGCUCUCUCGGACUACUCCAGGUCCAUUGAUCUGGGAAUCUGUUCAUCCACGCCUGCGGAGCGGCAGUUGGUGCGAUCGAGACGCCCCAGCUGCCCACGACUGGAGGGGCUCAGCAGCGGAGGCUACACCAAACUCGAGGGUCUGGGCGGCGAGUCCUUUGAGUCCACAGACAAUGCAAUGUUUAGUCACGAGAGUUCGGUUGAGAUUCUAGAAAAAGACAAAGAGCUCCACGAUCAAACUGACCGAGACGAGAACACCUCUGAUAGUCCUGAGUGUGGCAUGGUCAGGCAAUAUUCAAAGAAACAAAAACUUAUUAUGGUUUCCCAAUCAGACACGACUUUAGAGGAUGUGGAAAUGGAUAGUGUAGAAGUUUAACUAGAAUUCUGUGGACCUACAUGGUGGAUUUCUUCAAUACACUUGACUAGGCUGAUAAUCCUGUUAUGAAACUAAGAAUGGUUUCAAUGGUUUUACUUGCAAAGUUGGUCUUUAGAACGCAAUCAGAAGUUGCAUUGAGAGCAAAAGUCAUCUUAUACACUGUUAGUAUGUUAGACCCAGUGGCUCUUUGGAAACAUCAGUCUUAAAUAUUGGUUCCUUAAGGAGUUACUGAGCAAAAACCAAGAGGAAAGGAACAGGCUCUGAUUCUAAGCAUGAUAACACAGCUAUGCUUCACUAGAUUUAUACUUCCAGUAGUAGAAUAUUUGUGGCUGUUUCUUGAGUUUAUCGGUGAUGUUCGGCUGUCUGAGCAGCAUGUUUUUUACUGUCGUCUACUUGCACUUUUUUAAUCACCAAAUAACUGAUUCUUCAUAAAAAUGAAUACAUAGCAAUAUUUGAUUUGAAAGGUUGACUGCUUGAAAUGUUUAUGUUUGCAUUUUGCCCCCGAAAUGUUAACUUACACUUGUAUGCUGUCAAUUUUUUCUCAUUUAAAGCUUUUUCUAGGAUCCGUCUUGUUUGGAAAUGUAAUGUUUUCCAGAUCCAUGCAUUAGCACAAUGGUUGACAUAGUUCAGUAUUGUCUCAAAUAAAAUGUCCAUUACAGUCUAUUUCAAAUACGAGAUGUUAAGGUAUACUUUUUGGGGUCGAUAAAUUAAAGAUUUAUCAAUCGUCUUUGAUCUGUUUUAGCCCAAGAAAAGAACUUAAGAUGUGUUCUACUCUAAAGGCCCAGAUAUACUUCAUACGAAAUCGAAGAACAAAUGGGUGUGACGUCAUUUAGAACAAAAUCUGGCCAAAAAGGUGUUUUUGCUCACCUGGGUGAACUUAUAGGAAAACUUCUAACCAGCUACUAAACACCUUGCUGACACUGGUCCUCGUCACCUGAACGUCCACCUACUACAUUAUUUACAUUUUUCAGUCAGUAUUCCACGUGAACACUGGUGCGCAAGACCAAUUUUUUUAUUUUUAUUAGUCUACAAAAGGAAUCAAAUCUACUCAAAUCCUCUCAAGUGCCCAUUCACUCAUGUGCCAUCUGCAGCAAAAGCCAUUCACACAUCUGCCCAAAGUAAGAUAUGCCUCUCUUAUCAUCAUUCUUUUGUCUGUAUUUUGCCCAUUAUUACUCUUUUAAAAACCCAUCUUUGCAGUAGGAUCAGUGUCACCAUAAAUCACAAUAACAGUGUAACCAGCUCAUAUUAUUGCCACAUAUAGCGUGUUAGCUCAAUAGCUCCAUUAAUUCAGAAUGUAAACAAGACAAAUUAAACAUUAUCUACUGCUUUAAAUUACUUUAAAUCAUCAUCGAGUGGUUAAAACCGCUUCUUUUACUGACCUCAUGUGAAUUCUACUCACUAUAUAGAAUGAGGCAUAAAGUCAUUUAUAACACAUUUUAAUGUGACAUUAGUUUAGUUUUACUGAGUGUCCUCACAUUUAAAUGCUCCUCUAAACGUCUCCCACAGUGGUGUGGCGGGUGUCUGAAUGUUCGGGAACAUAAACCGUUGCUCGGCUGUUUAGAACUUCUUUUUACCGCUGAACGAAGAACGGAUAAGGACUUCUCUGGAAGUAUAUUAGGGCCUUUAGUCGGAUGUCAGUAUUUGAUAUCUCUUUGUACAAUCUCCAACCAUAAAGGCGUGCCAUUGCCCAAUGUUCAGAAGAUAGCAUAUAAGCAAAUAAAAUGGUAACACCAACAUUUGCUUUGCAGGUGUUUCGCAAGUGUAUGAUGAAAGUGCACUGAAAAAAUGCACAUUUUCUAACUGGGUAUUUUUGUUUUAAGAGUUUCAAAAAACGAAAUUUAAUGGGAAAGCAAGUUUAUUUUUCUUAGCCCAUUGGGAAAUAGUUUAAGCAUAAACCCUACCAAAUUUGGUUAGAUUUAUCUGAAAACAAGACUUCAUAUCUUGUAUCAUUCUGCUUCUCAAGUAAUGUUUUUGUUUUAAGGAUGUUUCCAUACUUUUAAUAGAAAAUAUUCAGUAAGAAAAUGUUUUUAUUGUUGUUUGAUUGUUUGCAGUGUGAAUAAGUUAAUGUAGCGACCUGUUGCUUUUUUCCAAAU